CUUAUACUGAAGAAUGGUUGAUACUAUAUAUCACAGAUGUAUCUGAUCUAAAUGUAGAAUCAUCAAAGAAAGCAGGAGAUGUGAUUUGCAGGUUCUUUCUGAUACUUAAUAAAGAUAUUUUGACUGUCACUAAUCUUAAGCAGAUUAUUCAACAUAUUGAUUAUGAUUCUAAGGAGAUUGAGGUUACCAUUGCUAAAGAAAUUUUAAAUUUAAUCAAAUUAGCAGAUCGUAAAGCUCUAUUAAUUGUUGACGAACAUGUUAUAUUAUUUGAAAAAGAUCCAGUAUCUAUUAGUGAUUUUACUUCACACAAUAGCAAAUUAUCAACAAAUAUUAGGCAAGCAUUUGAACCAAUGUCUGCACAAGCUGAUUCACAAAAAAGGUUUAUUAUUACCAGAAAUGGCAUACGCAUGUCUGAAUUUCGUAUUAUUUAUAUUCGAAGUAGUCCUAGUAUUUCCAAUCACACUAGAAAAGUUCGUGAAUUUUCUGACGUAACGCAUAUUACCUUCAAGAAGAUCAAAAAUCUUUUUAAAGAAACAGGCAAACCUACACCCUCAACUGCAGAUUUCACUAAGCCAGUGGAUUUAGAAAAUCAAAUUCCCGUAAAUGAUGAUGUAAUACUAAUAGAUAAACUAGGAUUAUUAGGUAAAGAGAAACAAAGUUUGUCCAAGACUACUGGGAUCACUAAAGAAACUUUCGACCAGGUAACUAGCCCUAUUGAGAUUAUGAGCACUACACUUGACAAUUUUGAUAAUUUAGAUGAUUCAAUUUCAAAGGACACUAGCA